UCUGCUGGGCCGAACACCCGUGGGUGGAGCACUGACACCAUGGGGCCGAGUACGUACGCAGUCACUCUGAAAGACAAUGUAGAGACCGUACAGCGGACAGGAAUACUCGCGGGUAUCGGCAAUCACCUCCUCCCCCAAGCCCACAGAUGAUAACUGGCAUAUUGACAAACCAUAUUGGUCGCUUCGAAUGUUCCACAUCAGAUUCGACACCGGUAGCAGCUAUCAAUGUCUCGCCCAGUGGGUCUCGUUCUAGACUUGUUCGAGAAGUUCAUUGUGAGGGAUUUGUCUCAUCGCCCUCCAUCUCAUUUCAGGCACGGUUUUGUCGUAGGAGCACAUUUCGGGAGGUGCUGAUAAUAUGCCGGGGAAUCGCCCUUGGAAAUAUCGAAUCCUGGCAGCGAGAGUUUUAUCCUCGCAGACUUUCGGUUUUAGGCGUCGCCUCAACUCAUGGUAUAGAAGCCGAGAAUCACGGAAUCAACGAAUCUCGUGGCGUAUCCGAAUUUCCGUUCGGACGAUCCCGAUCUACCCGGGUUCCCACCCAGCCCUUUUAUGUUUGUCUCAACGCUAAUAUCAGGUGGGCUAUGAUGAAUUUGGCGAGCAUAACGAUCUACCGCGGAUGUAUAAAGACUUGCCGAGGACAUUGGCACGGCUGUCAGGAACUCGAAGGAAGCAUCAACAACCCAUGAGUGGAAACGUGCCAAGCGUGGUCUUGGUUCGAGAGGGUCCAGGUUUUCUUGCAGCGAAUCAAGCAGAGCCUGUCAUUUCUUUCUCAGGAGAACAGAGCAAAGACGACUCAGUUCAAGCUGAGAUACCGAUAACAUUCAAGCACCGAUUUACGUGGUUCGCUCUGAGAUCGAAUCUCCGAUAGAGUAGCAGGUAAGUGGGGGAAAUGAGGCUGUAUCCAUGAAUCCACGAGAUAAUAUGGAACUGUUUCACUGUCAAAAUCAUGGCCCUUCGUGGCGCAUGCAUCCCGGUUAGAACGG